UUGUGUCAUGUAUUUCUGUAUUAAAUACAUACUUUUGUUUUAUUAUAAUAUUUUCGUUCAUUGCCUAACCACGCGUUACAACGUCCUUUGAAUAAAUGCGACAAAAAACUGCAGAUACCUUUAAUUCAAUAAUCAAUAUAAAUCAACGUUGUGGCUAUUGAAUAAUUAAUUUACGUUUCAACAACAAUCAGUGAACACCAAAGACUUGCCCCAUUCUGUAGUACCGUGACCACAAUGGAAACUAAUUACCGGCUAAUCAUUGCCUGACUUUGAUUAUGCAAUGUUGUUCUUUUAUAUCUUAACAGACGCAUCCCAGCUUCAGUCCAAUAACAACCUAACAGUAGAAAUAAACAAUGAAGUACAUUUAUUUGAUAUUCCUCGGAAUCAUAGCAAUAAAUAAAAUUAAAUGUCAUGUUACUGAUCGUUCCAAACAAAGUGAUGGGGCGACCACGACACUGCCUGAAGAAAAUGAAACGCGAAAUAUGAUGGCUAAGGAAUUAAGUGAGAAAAAGCUUGAGUCUCCUAAAAAAGUGCAGGAUGGUGAAACUAGUGUGUACCUGGAUGAUGUGUUGUUUGCCUUGAAGAAUCAGAACUGGACUGCUGAAGAGGAGCCUUGUUUCAAUCAUAUCAACCGUUUGCUUCAUGGCUUGCAGAAUUUUACUCUUUGGGCUGUUUGGGACUGGGACUCCCAAGCAUCAGAGCCUCAAGGCCUAUUAUUCGGGAAUCGGUACCAACUGGGUAACUUCGACCAAUGCAUGAACGCUCCCUGGUCUAAGACCCAUCCGGAGCUGAAGACUAAGUACUGUCUGGCUGAGAUUGUUCUAGAAAGAACCGAUAAAGCUGUGAGGAGACGCGUUGAUAAGCCGUACUACCCUUAUCAAUCUGCGUUGGAUUUUAUUGAGCAUCGUCCGCCCCACACUCGUCCCCUCAACGAGCUAACAUGGGGCGCGUGCGUGCCCGCCGCGUGCGCGCCGCGUACUGUCGAACGUCUUCUUGCCGUGAUGCUCGCGCGCAGCCACCUGGGCGCGGCGGGCAUGAGAGCGAACAUCAGCAUCAGCGAGCCGUGCCAGAGUGGGGAUGAUGAGAUGGAAUAUGAUGCCUUGUUUUAUGCUUUUUUCAUCGUAAUGGGGUCCAUAACAGUCAUAGCUCUAAUCUGCACUUAUUUGAACUGUCAACAAAAGGAACUUGACCCUAAUUCAAGAAGAACUGGUUUCAUUCAGUCAUUCUGUAUAAAAGAGAAUGCUCUUGACCUUCUGAGAAUGAAGAAAGAAGGCAUAGAAGUGUUCUACGGUAUUCGGUUCUUUACGAUAUGCCUCAUAGUAUUGGACCAUCAGAUAGGGAUAUCUAACUCGGGGCCCAUUAGUGAUGGAAUGACUUCUGAUCAGGAGGUCCAAACGCCGCUGGGUCUGCUUAUUCUCCAUGACGAUCUUUUUGUGGACACAUUCUUCCUAUUAUCCGGGUUCCUCACCAUUACUAAUAUUGCUAGAUUCAAAAGGCUGCCAAAUCCUCUAUUCAUCAUACUGAAACGAUACGUAAGACUGGUGGUCGCUUUCGCCGUGGUAAUAUUUUACGUGUGUGCGGUAUAUCCUUACACGGGUACAGGCCCACUGUGGCACAAGGCUGUCUCACACGAAACGGAACAAUGUCGGAAGAACUGGUGGCUCAACCUCCUUAUGCUUCACAAUUAUAUCGACACUGAGAACAUUUGCAUAGUAGUCUCAUGGUAUAUACCGUGCGACUUCCACUUCUUCGUGGUGACCGUCCUAAUAUACUGCGUCUACCGGAGCCUGCCGAAACUAGGGCUGGUGUUAGCAGCUCUCGUAACUGCUGCCGCCCUGGUACUGCCGGGGAUCGUCAACUAUAUCUAUGAUUUGUCUGCUGUCCAACUGUUCACGUUUGAGUUCAUAAUAGACCCUCGUGCCAGCAAGGAGUUCCAUGUUUCAUACAUCAAGAGCCACACUCGAUACGCUGCUUAUCUUGUCGGCUUCUACAGUGGCUACCUAUUCGUCACAUACAGUAAUAACGGCAAUCUUAAUAGGAUUAGACAGAAAUGGGCAGUCCUGGGCACUUGCACAGCGCUAACACUAAUGUUAGUAGUGAUGGUGGUAGGCAGCACAUUCCUGUGGCGCUCUUACUAUCCGCUAGAGGGCGCUCUGUAUGCCGCUCUCAACAGGCCGGCGUGGGCCUGUGGCGUCGCCUUGCUAGUACUGUGCUGUUCUUUUGGACAUGUCCCUCUAGUGAAGUCAUUCCUGAGCUGGUACCCGUGGGUGCCGCUGAGCCGGCUGUCGUACGGCCUGUACCUGACGCACACGCUGCUCAUCACGCGAGGCGUCUUCAUCACGCGCAACCCGCAGCACAAUGACUACUUCGAGAUCUUGAACUCAACAGCGGGCGUGAUAUUCUGGGGCUGUGUGAUGGCGCUCCUGCUGUGGCUGCUAGCCGAAGCUCCCGCGAACAAGCUGCUUGCUUUGUGCUUGAAAAGGAGGAUCAAGAAAAUAAUGACGAAUCGGGAAACGAACCAAGCUACAUUGAGCGUGAACACAAGUACGAGCACUAUGCCAACUGGAAGUGGACAUCUCAAUGAUAACUUGCCAGAUACUAUACAUUUUACGUCCAAAAUAUAAUAAUACUAU